ACUUGACUAAAGUGAGUGAUGUUUAGCAUAAACAUUGUUUUAUUUUGCUGAGUUUUUUUCUUCUUUUGUUUUGUUUCGUUGCAUUUAUCAUCAUCAUCAUCAUCAAAAACAAUGAUAAAAUUAUCGAUUAUAUUGAUCAUCAUUAUCAUCGAUUGGUCAUUUGGUCAAAGUAUUCAUGGCCAUAAUCAUCCACAUCGUUCAUUAAAUUAUUCACCAUGUCCAUCUUGUUUGGAUGAACGUCUUAUACAACAUUAUCGAGUACGUAAAUGUCGUCCAAUAAUACCUGGUGGUUGUUCAUGUCCAUCACGUUUUAAUUGUAAUAAUAAUAAUAAUAAUGAUGUUGGUAAAAAUAAUAAAUCAAAUAAUAUUCGUAAUAUACGUUUUAUGGAUUCAACAAUUCAUAAUAAUGAUUCAAAUCAAGAAAUUUAUGGACGUUCAUUUGAAACAAAAUUAGAUUAUUAUACAAAAUGUCAUUAUAAUGGUAAUCAUUAUACGAUUGGUCAAAUUGUUCCAACUGAUAAUGCUUGUCGAAUUUGUGUUUGUUCAUUUAUGUCCGAUGGUACAAUUGAUGUUGAUUGUCCAAGUAAAAUUGAAUGUCCAACAUCAAAUGAUGAUACAAAAAUGAAUUCAAAUAAUCAAGGCUAUUUUACACCAAUCAUGUUGAUUGGUAAUAAUGGUGGUGGUCCACAAUCGAUACAAAGAUAUCGUCGUCGUCCAUCACGAAGACAAUCAAAUAGUGAACCACAAUCAAUGUCAUCAGUAUUAUCAUCGCUAUCAUUAUAUUGUUAUGAUUAUUAUCAACAUGAUCAAUGUUGUCCGCGACAAGAAUGUAUACCAAUAAAUUCACGUACUGGUCGUACAUUGAGACCAAGAAAAACAUGUCGUUUUGUUGGUAAAGAAUAUCAACUUGGUGAAAAAAUUCAUUUAUCGGAUAUUAUUGUUCAUCAACAAAAAAUUGCAAAUCUAUCCGAAUCCGAUCAAUUGGAUAUUGAUGAAAAUCGUAUCGAAUAUGAUAAUAAUGAUGAUCGACAAAGAAAAUUAGCUGAAACUAUUGCCUGUAUGCGUUGUAUUUGUACGGAAAAUUGGAAUAAUUCGGCUAUUGAAAUGAAUCCCGAUCAACUUUCUGAAUUAUUAAGCGCUGAUCAAAUUUCAUGUCGAAGAAAAUCCUGCAUACUGGAUCUGGAUCCAAGAUUUCGUCGUGGUUGUAUACCUGUUUAUGAUACUGAUAAAUGUUGUCCAGUAGAUUUUAUUUGUCCUCGUACACGACAGAUGGCAUUACGAGUACGUGGAAUUGAUUAUGGUUCGAAAUUAUGUCAUUUUGAAGGCCGAAAAUAUCCUGUCGGUGCACGUAUUUAUCAAUCACAACAUCAAGCAGCCGAUUGUAUUGAUUGUGAAUGUCGUAUACCACCAGAAUUUACCUGUUUACGUAGAAAAAAUUGUCAAUCAACCAACACAAGAAAAUAACUACUAAACUGAUUGAUGAGCAAUUAAUUAAGAUUAAUGAUCAUUUUAAACCAUAACAACCAACAACAAAAUUUCACCAAAAAAAAUUUUAUUGUAAA